AUGGAGCAUCUACCUGUGCAUCUUGCAUAUGAAGCUUAUCUUGGUGGCCCCGUUCAAUACAAGUGGAUGUAUCCUUUUGAAAGAUUCAUGGGUGAUUCAAAGCGAUUAGUGAAAAAUAAAGUUAAAGUUGAAGGAUCAAUAUGUGCACAUUACUUGCAUCGGGAAACAUCACAUUUUUGCAGUCAUUAUUUCAAUCAUUUGAUGUUAACUCCAAGAGUCAUAAGGAAUGAAUUUGAUGUUAACAAAAGAAGACAGUUUACCUUGUCAGUCUUCAGUCUUCCCGGUCGCCCCUCUGGAAAGGAGAAUGUGCAUUGGCUAACCCAAAAAGAAUUGCAAUCUGCACAUGUUCAUGUCCUAAUUAACCGCGUUGAAGUUAGGCCAUAUCUUGAGGCAUUUAACGCCUCUUAUUUUCAAAGCACCGGUGAACAAGCAACUAUCGGUCACAUACAAGCAUCUUUUCCAGCAUGGUUCAAGGAUCAAUUGUCAUGCAUUGUUGCACCGACUCAAGAAAUACUUCAUUAG